AUGGGCAUCUUAAAGUAAUUAUAUUCCAAUAAAUUCCUUAUCUAAACAGAUAAGUAGCUUUAUGACUUGGGGAUAAUUAAUGGAAACAUGAAGAAAGAAUUCGAUUAAUCAGUCAGUUGCAACAUCCUGAAUAGUGAGGCUGUUUAAAAUACAUUUGUCCUCGAUCUGUUAAAGUUAGGUUAAAAAGCUCCCUCAAAAUCAAACAUUUCGAAGUCAUUUGAGGCAAAAAGAUAUUUGAUUAUGCAAAUUAUGCUGCCAUAGGAAGGUAAAUACUAUAAGAUUGAGAUAUCAGUGAAAGAUGCUUCUUAAGUAAGAUUAGUAAUAGUAUUUUCAACACAACUUUAGAACACAAGAAGAUUAAUAUCAAGUACGAUAAACAAGCAGGAUUUACUGAUCACUCCUUUGCAUGCCAAAUUUCCAAAGAUUGAUCAUAAUCCAUAAAUAUGGAAAAACAUGUGCAUAGAUGUGGGUGAACUAUCAGAGAAAUUUUUUAGUAAUUUUGAAUUCAGAUAGAUCACAAGAAUUGAAAUACAUGGGAUUUUCAAACUGAGAAGAGUAAUGUUAUCAAGAAAGUAGAUACCCAAUUAUGAUCCAAUGACAGAAGAGAUUAUGUUGGGUGCAAAUAUGAAUAAUAUUUAGGAUAUACCCGACUCACUGAAUUUUCCAAGAAAGUGUAGAGUCUAUAUGAAUCAUAUAUUCAACUAUGAAGCCUUAUCUAAACUAUUGAAAGAUAGGUUUCCUGAGACAAGAAAUCCAAGAGGUAAUAGCAGUGAUUUGAAAGAUGCAAAAUAGAAUAGUCCUAAACUUAAUCCGAUUGGAAAGCCUUUUCAAGCUAUCAAUUAAUCUCCCAGAUUGUAAAAUGCUCUCAAUAAAGUAGAAAUAUCCUCCAUCGGAAGUAAUGACUAUAUUCCUAAGCAUCCUCCUUCUAUAAAGUAAAACAAGGUGUUUAAAGCCAAAGAUAUAAUUGGAAUCAUAAAUAAUUCUAAGAACUCUCAUUACGAAGAUCAGAAUAAGGAUAUGAAUAGAUCUAGAGACGUGACACUUUAGAGUUUAAGCAAUGAUGAGGUCUACCCUCUGAGCUCUGGAGAGAUUAAAAAUUAUAAAUACUCAAAGAAUAGCAAAUUUAAUCCUAACAGAUAUCCUACAGACUCUGUAGCAAACAAUAUGAUAAUUGAGGAGAGAUACCAAUCAUAAUCCUAUGACUUGAAUGAUAAUGAUAAGAGAAGAGAUUCACAAAUGACCAUUUACAAAUCACAAGAGCUAAAGCUUCCAACUAUUGAUUAAAACAAUAUCCUCAUAAAUAAAUAUGGCUCAAAUCACAACAUAAUUCCAAAUAUCUAGGUUGGAAAAAUGAGAAAUUAGUCCACAAGAUAUUCUCAUACUAAUUUGAAAAUUACGAAUAGUAACAUAUAUUAAAAUGUAAGCUCUAAAGAUGAGCAAGCGACAAAUAUAUACAAGUCGAACCAGCUUCUACCUUAGAUUUAGACCAUAGAUAAACCCCCACUUCAUUAAAAUAGAUAUGGAAAGGCAAGCUUGAAAGAAUUGGACUAUUAAUAGAACUACUCGGUAGAUAGGCAAAAUGAUAAAUUGCUAAAAUAUUCUGGAGGGCUGUUCAAUAAUGAUAAGGACAACAAAGAUAAUGAUCAAAAGGAAAAAUUCCAAAAUAGGUACAAGAAUAAGAAUUUUCAUUAGAUUAUGAAAGAUGUAAAUGUUAGGUCUAGACCUAAAGAUGUAAGCGAGGAAAUGAAAGGCUGGGACGGUUCUACAGAUAAUACUAGAAAGCUGUCUCAUGAUAUCAAUUCCUCUAGGAAUCGGUAAGAGUCUAAUCGUCAUAUUAAAAAUGCUAAACAAGAGCAACUUAAUUCAUACUAGCCCACAAUAGUUACAACAACAAAAGCAAGCAUAUAAAUUGAAACAACCAGCAGUGUGAUUAAUAGCUCCAAGCAAGGCAAUGGGAAUAUUCAGGUACUUUCUUCAGUUAAACAUAUUCCUGUGAAAGUUUAAAAAAUCUCAGACGUCAAACUCCCAAGCAUCAAUUAGUAAAAGCAAAAUAGUUUUAAUUCAGUUUAUGCAAAUCAACACUUCAAUCAUUAAUUCAAUAACUCUAGUGAACUCUAGGAAGUAAAUGAGAAUUGGAAACAUACAGAAAGUUCUAUAUAGGAAGAUAUUUUCUAAGAGUAAAUCACUUAAACAGCCAAUACCGGCAAUGACCGCUAAAAUACUCAUAAUUUUAAUUAUGGAUCUCCAAAGAUUAAAUACAGAGAAAGUCUAUAAAAUCAGUAUAAUAAGGGAAUGAUAGGAAUGACUACUGAUAAUUUCGAUAGAUUAUCAUUAGACCUAGAGGAUUUGAUUAGUGAAAAAGAUGGCGGUGUGAGAUAAAACCUUUAUAAUGAAGACUUUGAAAUGUAAAAUACACUGGGCUCAAAUACUUAUAACCAAUUCGAUAACAUUUUAGGCAAUUAGCUCAUGAAAAGAGAUACUUUCACUCCUCCAUUUAUGAGAACUAAGCUAAAGCAGGAUUAGGCAGAUGCAUAGUUUAAUAAAUUAUAAGGAAAAUAAGAAGAGGAUAGUCUAUGA